UCAAUGUUUGACGCAUUCAUUUGUGCUAAAUAUGACCAGGUAAUAUCAACAGCAAUCCGUCUCCUGCAGAUAAUUUCAAAGCUUCUCGACAUCAAUGAAAAGAAAAUAAUUGCAGAUCGCAGUAACGUCAACGUCAAGAAGCCCAUAUUACCCUGUGCCAUGGGUUAUAUAAUCGUAGAGCCAUCACCUCAACCAACCAUUGUUCUUGACAAAUGCAUCCGGGGAAAACUAAUGGCUACACCAUCUGGAUUUUAUUAUAAGGACCAGUGGAUGUCCCUGACCUGCAAUAUUCACAGCUUCAACACUCCUGCAAAAGUUACCGAAUGCCUUCGUAGGAAAAAGAUUCAUAUGUUUGGAGAUUCCACUAUGCGUCAGUGGUUUGAAUACUUGAUUGAAUUUGUUCCAGGUAUUAGAAUGUUUGACCUUGGCAAUCCAAUAAUAGAUGGCCCUCACUGUGCCUUCGACAUGCAAAACAACAUCAUGCUGGAAUAUAUUGCUCAUGGCCCGCCAAUCCUAUUCGGCCAUCUUUCAAGCCAGCAUAUGUACUACAUUUCAAAUAAACUGAAUGAAAUUGAAGGAGGGAAAGACACAGUUAUUACCAUUGCUAUCUGUGCCCAUUUCACCACUUUCCCAGCAGAAGUGUACAUCAGAAGGUUGCAGCAUAUUCGAAGAUCGAUUCUACAGCUGCUCAGCAGGAAUCCAGAUACGGUGGUCGUUAUAAAGACUGCGAAUGUACGGGGCCCUACACAAAAUACAAUGUUUAACUUCAGUGACUGGUUCACUUUUCAACUUGAUUUACUGAUGAGAAGGAUGUUUGCCGGCAUCAAAGUAGCAUUUGUGGAUGCAUGGGCAAUGACCAUAGCCCACUACCUGCCCCAUAACAUUCACCCACUGCAAAUUAUAAUCAAGAAUGAAAUAGAUGUGUUUCUUUCACACAUGUGCCCUUCCAAUAAAAGGUAACAACAUCUGCUCACCAUGCAUCACCACAAUUACAUUGCAAAUCAUAGAUCUAUCUGUCUAAAAA